CUCAACUUUUCCCAUCUCCUUCCAGUCCUUCAAGAGUCCGAUCACGGCUCACCCUGUCCAUUCCACCUGUCAACAAAGAGGUCCCGCAAGUUCAUCUCCAACAUGACCGACGCUGCCGUUGCUACGAACGAGGUCAAGAUGAACCAGGAAGGUAACGUCGCCACUGCCCCUGCCCCCGGGCCUGGUGGUGCCGAGGCCCAGGCUAGUGCCACUGCUGCCGUCGACGACGCCAUGAAGGUCUUUGCUGGCAACCUGGCCUUUGCCACGACGGAAGACGAGCUCAAAUCGAUCUUCUCCGAGGCUGGCGCUGUCACUCAGGUCCAGAUCAUCAAGCGUGGCACUCGCUCCCUCGGCUACGGUUUCGUGACCUACGCCACCGAGGCUGAGGCGCAGAAGGCUGUGACGCUCCUCAACAAGAAGGAAAUCGCUGGUCGCGAGAUCAACGUCGAAGGUGCCAAGCCCCAGACGGAGGCCCAGGCGGCCGGUGCCGCCACCCGAGGAGCAAAGCGUACUCGUGGCCGCGGUCGUGGACGAGGAGGCGCUUCUUCCAGGCGACCUCGCAACGACGAAGGUGAAGAGGAUCUCGAGGACCCCUUGGCGGAGAAGGCCGACGGCGAGGCGGCUGGCGUCAAUGGCGAGGGCAAGGCGGCUCGCGCUCGCCGUGCUCGAGGCAAGAAGGAGGCCAACGGAGCCGCAGAGACGGAGGAGGGUGCUGCUGCUGCCGACAAGCCUGCACGCCAGCCUCGCAAGCCCAAGGGUGCUCCCCAGGGCGAGCCGAGCAAGACGCUCCUCUUUGUCUCGAACCUGUCCUUCAACGUCGACGAUGACGCCCUCAAGGCGGCCUUUGAUGGCUUCCAGGUCACGAGCGCAAAGGUUGUCAAGAGGCGCUUCGGAGGCCCUGGAGGCAGGACCGGAAGGAGCAAGGGCUUCGGCUUUGUCGACUUUGCCAGCGAGGCCGAGCAGCAGAGGGCCCUCAAGGAGGCUCACAACAAGACUGUCGACGGCCGCGAAAUGUCGCUGAAGGUGGCCAUCCAGGGCGACGACAAGAAGGAUGACGAGACCGAGGAAAAAGUGGCCAAGGCCGAAGCUGCUGCCGAUGCUGACCCUGCUCCUGCUGCCUGAGGCAUUGCACACUUGCUGUCUCCUGCCUUUUCUUGUGCCCCACCUAAAGUGCUCUUGUAUCCACACAUCAAAAAAGAAAGGAGGGGAGGUUCUUUGGACUUGUUCAUAGGCCCGACCUGUCCAUUCUCAUUCUGCUCAACCUCCUCCUCCCACCACCACCACCACCCUAAAUAACAACUUAGCCUUUUCUCAACUGAAUUGCC